GGCGCACUACGCACCUCCUCCUCUCAUUCUUUUCAAAACUUUCCAGCUCCUCGAGGUCUGGACCUAUGCGCUCUACGCACUUUGCGUAUUCAAGUUUUCUUCUCUUUCUCUCUCUUUCUCUCAGUGGUUAAAUCUGCGUUGACUGAGAUAAUACACCCCUGCUUGUUUUCUCUCUCUUUCUCUCUCUCUCCUCUCCUCGAGAAACCGAUAGAUUUGUACAUCUAUACAUCUAUACGUUUAUAAAGUCCCAAAGUUGUUAUAAUUUCGCCGGAAUUCUUUGCCCGCCGUUCACCGCAGAGCUUCUCAGAUGAUAUACGGUAAACCCAUCGGAUAAGUUAUUCAAGGUUGCGUUAUUUUGAGUAGAAGGUAUUAUUCUUUAAACCUGAUUUGGGAAUUAGGGUUUGAAAACAUUAGGGUUUUUUGAGCUGAUAUUUCUGGGUUUGGUUGUAUUUCUGGAUUAGAAAUGGUGGUUUUUAGAUAUUUAUCCGAUGACGACGAUUGUUAUGUGUUCAGAUGAAAUUAGGGCCUUUUUGAGCUCCAUAUUUGUCUGGUUAUCUGUUUUUUGGUUAAAUUAUUGAGAUCAGUAGCUGGAGCUGAGCUGGUGUUAUUGUGAAAGAUGGGGAAAUACUAGGGUUUUUGAAGUUCUCUGUCUUCUUUGGUGCCAUGCUCUUUGUUACGAUAAUUGGUUUUGUAUAUAAUUUACAUAUGGAGGUAUUUAGAUCGGUGGCUGAUGGUGAUUUGUGAUGUAGGUGGGUGUUUUUGUGGAUGAUCUGUUUUUGGUAUUCUUGGUUGUUUAUGUGGAUUCAUUAUGAAGAGACUGAGGUCCAGUAAUGAUCUUGACUCAUUGGGAGAAAAGGGUGUUUGUAAAGAUUUGGUAAGGAGGGAGGAGGAGCUACCUUUGCAUCGUUCUUCUCCUCACCGGAGCUUCUAUUACAAGUCUGAAAAUGGGAGGAAGGGUUUAUCUCAUUCGUCUUCUCGGUAUGACAGGAUAGAAGAUGACCGUGAGCUUUCGAGGCCAUUAAGAAAGCGGUCGGAUUAUGAUGUGGACAGUUAUGAGAGGAGGAAGAACUAUGAUCGAUAUAGGGAUGGUAGUGAUAGGGGGGUUUUGAGCUCUUCACCGCGGAGUGGCCCGAGUGGGUAUGGUGCACAUAGGAUUCAUCGGUCUGAUAGUUUUUCUGCUCCGAGGAGGGAGUUUCCAAAGAGGUUUAGAUCGGAAAGGGAUCGUUCCCGGCGAGAGGGGAGUGAUUCUUCAUGGCGGAGGCUUGGUGGCACAAAAGAUGUCGAAGAAGGUACAAGAAGUGGUGGUGAGUCAGGUAAAGGAAGUAGAGUUGCAUCAGAUGAUACAGGGAAAGUGAGAUCUCCACAGGCAUUGAGAGAGGCCACGUCACCACCCUGGUCGAAGGACUCUGGCAGUGAGCAAUCGAAGAGUAUUGAUGUGAAAAAGAGUGAGGAUUUGCCGGUAGAGAGUGGCAAUAGUAGUGAAAUGGAGGAAGGGGAGCUGGAACCAGAACCAGAACCAGAACCGGCAGCUGAACCAGUUUCUGUAUUCAAGCAUGUAGCUGAAGAUCAAGCUUCAGUUGGGUUGAAUUCAAAUCAGGAGCUUGAGAGCAAGGAUUAUGCUGAGGAAAAGUCACCUUUUAAAGGAAAGGCGGAGCUCAAUAAAUUGUGUGUUAGUGAGGAGAGAGAAGAAGUUGUGCCAUCAGAGGCUGUUACACCUGUGGGGAGGCAAGUUGACAAGUUACCAGAUUGCCAGAACUCUCCAGUCCCCGAGACAAGCUGCAACAGAGGUGUAAUGGAAACCACAACAGAUAGUGAAGUUGGCAAGGAUGAAGAGUAUGCCAGGGAAAAUAGCGGAUGUAUGGAAAAAGAAACUAAUACAUUUGCAGAAAUGUCACAGCCUUCAGAAUAUGAACAAAAGAAAGACAAUGGUAUAGAUCUUGAAGUCAAGGUGGAGGAUAUCGAUAUGCCUGAAGCAAGUAAAGGGUCUGGUGAGGGAAGUGGAGCACCUGGUGGUGUUUCUUCACUGCUGGUAACAGAGGAAUUAACCCGAAAUUUCAAGGAUAAGGGUAAAUGUGUGGCUCUUUCACCCACUAAUGCCAUUGAUUCUGCGAAUGAUGGUUUGAGGAUUGAAAGAGAAUCGAAAGGCCUCUUAGCUUGCAGGGACAACGAUGUGGGAGAACCAAGUACCAGAGGCUUUGAGUUCUUCUUGACCGAUUCUAUUAAAAAGCCGGAGAAAGUAAACCAAUCAGAUCAGAACAAGCUGAAAGAUGAAAAGCUGGCACUUGAACUUUCUCUUAGCUUACCUAACAUUUUAUUACCUAUUGGUUCCCAUAACACCACCCAAGCUCCUGGUUCCCCCUGUCAUACGAGGAGUGUUCAAUCCUUUUCAAGCACAUUUCUCACGAAUUCUGAUGGAUUUACUGCAUCAAUGUCCUUUUCAGGUUCUCAACACUUCACCCACAACCCUAGCUGUUCCUUGACACACAAUUCGUUUGACAAUAAUGAACAGUCUGUUCAUAGUCGCCCCUUAUUCCAGGGAGUGGAUUGGCAAGGUCUGUCUUCAAAUGGAAACCAAGAACUUCCAAUUCAUCAAAUAUUAUCGAUGAGCGAAAACGGCAUCUAUCAUCAAUCUCAAGCAUCUCAAGGUAUUUCAAAUGGUCAAGCUGCACAAGUACAAAAUCUUAGAGAUGUAGAAAAGGGAAGCUCUAGAAUGCCAAUUAGAUUGGAUCGGCAGUUGAGUAUUCAUAAACACUUGUCAGGAGCACAUUCGGGGCAUCAAAAUGAUGUUCGAUCUGCUUCACUUAGUGUUGGGUCUCGUGAAACUGGUUCAGAAUAUGGUAAAAACAAGAAACAGUUAGUUAAGGAGAGGAGUGGCGGUGGUUUAUGUAAGAGCAAUAAUCAAGAUGAGAAAGAGCGACUGUUGGCUGUUGGAACUGAAUUUGUCGAGCCAAUAAUCAACAUGAUUGUCUCUGAACCACUACACGAGAUGACUAGGAGAUUCAAUGAAAUGACCGGACAAUCUGUUGCAUGUUUAAAAGAAUCUGUCUGUGAGAUCAUUUUGAGUACAGGUAAGCAGUGGCAACUACGUGCUUUUCAGAAAGCACUGCGAAGCAGGUCGGACAUCACCUUGGAGAUGCUUCUGAAGGCCCAUCGAGCUCAGCUGGAAAUCUUGGUUGCUUUGAAAACUGGUCUUCAAGAAUUUCUUCAGCAAAAUUAUGAUAUAUCAUCUUCUGAUUUGGCAGAGAUCUUUCUGAACUUAAGAUGUAGAAAUCUCAGUUGUCGGAAUCUUUUGCCCGUGGAUGAAUGUGAUUGCAAAGUUUGUGCCCAAAAGAAUGGUUUCUGCAGUGCUUGCAUGUGUCUUGUAUGCUCCAAGUUUGACAUGGCAUCUAAUACAUGUAGUUGGGUUGGAUGUGACUUAUGUCUACAUUGGUGCCAUGCAGAUUGUGGGUUGCGGGAAUCUUAUAUUAGAAAUGGACGUAGCGACACAGGGGAUGGAGUAACAACAGAGAUGCAGUUUCAUUGUGUUGCCUGUGAUCAUCCUUCUGAGAUGUUUGGGUUUGUGAAGGAAGUUUUUCAAAAUUUUGCAAAGGAAUGGACAAGGGAAACUCUUUCCAAGGAACUUGAAUAUGUAAGAAAAGUUUUUUGUGCCAGUGAGGAUGUGAGAGGGAAACAACUUUACGAGAUUGCAAUUCAGAUGCUGUCAAGAUUGGUGAAUAAGUCUGACCUUCAAGAAGUUCAAAAUCAUAUUAUGGGUUUCCUUAUGGGAAGUGAUUCCUUAAAGUCUGGCAACACACACCUUGUGUCUGUGAAGAAACAAUCCAUAAAGAAUCUUGGAGAAAGCAGCAAUGGUAUUGCAGGGUCCAGCCAAGAAGCUGCGUGGGUAAAAUCCAUGUAUGCAGAAAAGUCUCCUCAAGUGGAAAAGGCUGCUAAUAUACCUACUAAAUUUGAUCCCACCCAGAGUGGUAUACACUCACUGAACUCAGAUUUACAAAGGAGUGCUCGAAAAGAACCUGUUUUUGAUGAAUUGGAGAGCGUUGUGAGAAUCAAACAGGCAGAGGCCAAAAUGUUCCAAGCACGUGCUGAUGAUGCACGAAGAGAAGCUGAAGGUUUAAAGCGCAUUGCAACUGCUAAAAAUGAAAAAAUUGAAGAGGAAUAUAUGAGUCGAAUCACAAAAUUGCGUUUGUCUGAGGCUGAGGAACUGCGCAAGCAAAAAUUUGAGGAGCUCCAGGCUAUAGAAAGAGCUCAUCAGGAAUACUUGAAGAUGAAGACAAGGAUGGAAGCAGAUAUUAAAGACAUGAUGUUGAAAAUGGAAGCUACAAGAAGGAAUCUUUCUAUGUGAUUAAGCAGCAGGUUCUUUCUUCAGUGCCCUCAGCACCUCUGGUAAUCUUACCUUUUGACCCUCGUGCCUAUUGUAUCUCGUGUUGUAAGAAUAGACUCCACUUUGUGUUCUCUUAUUUGUAGAUGUAUCUUCCAAUGUAGUGCCCUUUUUAUUUUUGUGCUGCUAACCUUAAUCUGUACAGGGACUUCUCCAUCUCUUUAUUGACAGAAGUUUCCAGUUAUAGACAUCAGUCUAGACUCAGUUAGGAAGGCCAUAGGUCCAAUAUGCUUUGGGGGUGAUUGUUGGCAUCCAGUUUCGUAUAGAAACUUGGCAGUGGUCUUUGAUGGAUAAACAAACUAUUAGUUUUUAUUGGGCAUAAAUUGAUAUGUAGUUAUUUAUUAUUUGUGAGGAACUCUGAUGAAUCUACCUAAUGGAGGACAAUAUUCAAAAAUUUUGCACCAAAAUGAGUUUACGAUAGUUUUUACUCUUCUUUUUGGUGGG